AUGUAAUUUGUUUACUUUAUAAAGGUCAAUUUCGUUCACGAGCCCGUUUCUCUUCAGAAGAUAAAUAUCUUUAUCACUGCGACAAAGACAAGAGAGUCCAGUGUCAUAUUCUGGAAUUGUUCUUUUCCAUCCACAUUCGAAGCCUUGAUUGCGAGCACUUUUCCGACGAUCAAGAUUAACCAUGGUUGUCAAGGUUUACGUCGAUCUCAUUUCGCAGCCUUGCCGCGCUCUUGUCAUCUUCCUCAAGAACACCAAAAUCCCGUUCGAAAUCGAGAAAGUAAAUUUGAAGGCUGGAGAACAUAGGAAAUCCGAGUUUGUAAAGAUAACCCCUCUCUGUACUGUUCCGGCUAUCCAAGAUGGUGACUUCAGCAUGGGAGAAACAGUGGCGAUUAUCAAGUACCUGGCGACCAAGUACGCAGACCUAGUCCCUGACAACUGGUAUCCGAAGGAUCUAGAGAAAAGAGCCAGAGUUGAUGAAUACAUGGCAUUUCAUCAUACAGGAACAAGAGGAGGGUGCUGUGGAAUCUUCAUCAGCGAGGUUCUCAUCCCAUUGUUUUCGGAAGGGAAAGAGCAUGCAUCGGAGGAAAGAUUGAAACGAGAUACAGAGAAUUUGACCAAACAACUUGAUAAGCUGGAGAAUGCUUUCUUACAGGACAAUGAUUGGUUGGCCGGGGAUGACAUCUCUGUGGCGGAUGUGCUCGCCGUUUCUGAGAUGAUGCAAAAUACCAUUAACAGACGUGACGUCACAGAGGGGAGACCGAAGCUCAGAGCUUUCGUAGAUCGGGUGAAGGAUCGUCUUAACCCAACCUUUGAUGAAGUCCACGAAGCCUUGUAUGCAAGGAGGGAUAGCUACGGGAAAUAAAUUUUCUUCAAAACAAUUGUUUUUAAUAAAUUCAGGAAGCCUUACUUGGCAUCAGAAAUUAUUAUCACCCCUCCCCCCCCCCCCCCCUCUCUCUCUCUAUAAACUUCUCUGUAUCCCUGUCUCUGCCUCCAAAUCUCACUUCUGUCCCUGGAUAAUCAUAUUGAACACUGCUGAAAUAUAUCCAAUUGCCAUACCUUCUUUUAUCAUUGCAAAGAACAAUUUUCGUCGACUUUUUAAUAGACCAGGGGCCCGUUGCAGAAAGAGUUGCAAUCAAUCGCAACUCUAAAAAAAAUAAUUCCCAACUUGAUUUUCA